AUGGUACUACUCGUCGUCACGAAUGCCGCUCAUGGAGCUCCUAGUGGCGCCGAGAGAACCGCACAGAUUGACGAGAUGCCUGAGGAGCUGAGUCUGCGUGACUACCUCAAACUCGUACAUCUGAGAGCUCUAAAGGAGGAGAUGGAUGAUAACGUUGAUAGUGACGAAGAGGAGAGGUUUGAGAAGCGGGCACGGUUCCGUCCGCGGUUGGGCAAAAGGAGCUACAACUUCCGCGCCCGUCUUGGCGUAGAGCUCUUACAAGGGUCACAGCUCUGCCUCUCUGACGUGUAUUCAAGGGAGUGUGUGGAAGGCUGCCAUAAGGAGAGGGUAGACCGAGGUCAGCAAAUGACUUGUGUCUACAUUGAAGAUGAACGAAGAAUUCUGGGUGGAAAAACGGAGUAA